CGGGUAUCACGGCAUGCGUAGAUCGUGCAGAUAAUCAUGCAUCCGUCUUUGUUACUCGAUAUCUCGUCGGUGACUGGCCGGUAUAUUAAAUCGGAAGAAAAUAACGAAUAGUGCAGCCGAUGGGGAUUUAAAUGGGGAAGGUGGCGAGCGGUAAAAGACACAAAUAUCGUGAAAACUUAGCGAGGGAGCACAGUGCGCGUUGCAAGAGUGUCGAAGCAACAGCACGGUGCUCCAGCAAGUCUCAGGUGUGAUCAUGUGUUACAAAUAAUCUUAUUAAUUUCGUGCAUAAUUAUCGCAGUGAGAUCAAAGAAGAAAAUAAUAUAACAGGUCGCUUACUUAGCCAGUUUUGUGAAUUUAUUGUGACAAUAAGCGUGUGCAAAUUAGACCUGCACGGAGCUGCAUAUCAUAAAUGCGAACAAGGUGUUAAUUAUCGGAUGCAAAUUACUGCCGGUUUCGGUAUCCGAACGUUGAUGCUGCCGCUUACGAAAUGCUCGGCAUCAGCCGCAGGAGGAAGUGAGCGCGAAAGCGGAAAGUAUACCUAAUCUCCGGUGGAAAGCGGCAUUUAUGCUAAAAUCGAAAGAGCGUCUCGCUUCGUUUGGCGAGCAAGUCAUCAGAACGAAGCGCCGUCUGAGCCGCUAUCUCGGGCAGAGCGAAUUCGGACUUUGUUUUGCCUUCUGAUGGAAGAAAGAGAUUUCAACGACCGUGAGCUUGAGUCGCGAAGUGUCAUCAAACAAAUUGGCUGCACACACGUGUAAAGCAUAUAAAGUAAAAAAAGACUGUUGCAGUCUCAUCAUGAAUCUGCACUUACGCGAUCUCCAUAAUGAAAAAUUUCUCAAAUUUGUAUUGUUGUUUUCGGAACAUAUUGUUUCUUUUAAAGGAAAUAUAAAAAAAAACAGAUAUGGCGUAAGCUAUAAUUUUCAGCUCGAUCAACUGUCGACAUACGCUUUUUCAUUCGAGGAAACCUUUGAUACUUGCGUCAAUAUUUCGUAAUUAUCUUAAUAUCCCAAUAAUUUUAGAGCAACGCACGCGAAAUGGUACGGAACACAAAAACAUUCUAUUCACAAAAUCAUUAUUCGUUCUUACGUGCAAUAGAGAGAAAGAGAAAGUCAUAAAAAUCCAGAACAAUUAAAAAAUAAUUAAAAGUUACUUUACUCAAUUCUUAUGUACAUAGAAUGCUGAAGAAUAUAAGUAUUACGUGCAAUAAGUAUAUAUAAAUUGUAAAUUGCAAUGAAAAAUAUUAAUAAGAUAUAGAAUACAUUUAUUUCGUUAUCGCUUGUGAGAUAAUCUUACACCAGUAAUACAAAAUUAGGAAAUUUUUACUUAAUUAGAUUUUUUUAAUAACAGUAUACAGUAUAUAUCAUUUUCUCGCACAAUCGCUUUACGAUUAUCUUGUGCUACAUUAAGAUUAAUAAGAGUAUAAUAAUAAAAGAUUCAAAUGAGUAUUCAAAUUGUUCAUUGUUCAAAUGAUUCGAAGAGAGAACAUUUAAACUUCGAAACUAUUCGAAACAAAAACAAUCGCUUAUCUAUUUUAUUUAAAUUCAGGAUCGAACUGUUUUAAUAUAUUUUCUGGUUUAAAUACCUCGAAAGAUCCGAAAAAUUCAAUAUUCGGUUCGAAGUUCGAACCGUUCAAUUGCCAAAGAAUUCCAUGCACUAUUCUAGGUAUGCCAUGACGAGAAAGAAGAGAAACAUCAAUGUAGAGACAGAAGGGUGGUUAUCAUUCCGACAGUUAUGGAUACCUUCGCGGAGAACAGGUAGAUCUAACAGCAACAUCUACGCUUCUCCUGAUUAUAAUUUCGGCAAUAUCAAAGAUGAUUCUAAUACAAACUACCAUCAUGACUUCCGGGAGCGCAGAACAUUUCAACGGUACGAAACUCCGCGCAGAGAUCGUAUGGUGAGCAUGAUGCCAUGGUUGCUGUCAAUGUCGCUAUUAGGUGUCCCAAAAUUUGCGGCUCACACAAGCCCCAGUAUUUUAUCGAGAGAACUUCAAGCACCCGCGUUGCCAUUAAUUCCAUCCAUUCCAACUUCACAAUUUUCUUCGAUGCGUAGCAUCAAUUACAAAAGCACCACACCGGCUCAUGAUGAAUACGCAGACUCACGUAAUUGCAAUUCUCACGGAAAUCCGCCGGUGAAAAAAUCAGUGGUAUCGGACAUAGGCAAUCUUUAUGGAACGGCGCCGCAAUUGCAGCAUCGCGUUUCUACAUUCAACCAGGAGAGGAAUGCUCUUUCUAGAUCUGUCGGGAGAGCGAUCAAUAUAUAUCACACGGAUCCUCAUUCGGUCAAUCAAUUGGACUUUCAUGAUUUCGACGACGGUUUCGAACCAGGACACAUUAUAGAUGACUACAUUGGUCCUGCUAUGGAACUAAUGUACGCCUGGUCCACGUUAGAUUUUGAAUUCGAUAGUAUUGAGGCACGAGACAAUGCUAUAUUCGAGGGCACUUACAUCGCAGAAAAUAACUUGCCUUUGGGUUUGGAAGUUUGGCGCGAUAAAGUCUUCAUUACUCUACCGAAAUGGAAGGCUGGCAUACCAGCAACUCUGGCUACAGUACCGAGACAUUCGAAAACCAAGAGUCCCAAACUAAAACCGUACCCUAACUGGCACUGGCAUCAAUCAGAAAAUUGCGAUGGAUUAACUUCAGUCUUCCGAGUCCAGGUGGAUGAGUGCAAUCGGCUAUGGGUCCUUGAUUCCGGCAAAAUAGAACUUGUUGCCAGAAAAGCCAACCAGAUCUGUCCACCCGCCAUAUUUAUCUUCGAUUUACGCACAGAUACUCUCAUCAGGAAAUAUACUUUGCCGGACGAGCAAAUCAAACAGGAUUCCCUCUACAUUAACAUCGCGGUGGAUAUCAGAAACCAUGACUGCGGCUCCGCGGUAGCAUACCUGAUCGACGUCUGGCGAUACGGUAUCGUGGUGUACGAUUUCUUCAAGGACUCCACGUACAGGAUAGAGCAUCACUUCUUCUAUCCUGAUCCCUUGGCAUCCAGAUACGAGCUGCACGGUAUAAAGUUUCAAUGGACCGACGGGAUAUUCGGGAUAGCGCUCAGCCCCAAGGACGCUUAUGGUGACCGAACGUUGUUCUUCCAUCCGAUGUCCAGCUUCCGCGAGUUCGCCGUGUCCGCGUCGGUUUUCAAGAACAAGAGGACCGCAGAGCAAAGCACGGAGAAAUUCACGCCCGUGGGAAGACCCAGGGCCAAGGAUUACGGCCAUUCUUCGGGCUCCGCCAUCGAUAGGAACGGUGUUAUGUUCUUCAAUAUGGUCACCAGGGACUCUGUCUGGUGCUGGGACACCAGAAAGGAAUACAUACCACAGAAUUUCGGAGUGAUUGGAACCAGCAAUGUGUCUUUAGUGUUUCCGAAUGACAUUCGAGUGGACCACGAAGCAGAUCAAAGUGUGUGGCUGAUCUCGAAUCGUUUACCAAUGUACUUGUAUGGUACCGUAAACAGCGGAAGCAUUAAUUACAGGGUAUUUAAGGCGGAUGUAAAGGAGGCGGUCAAGAAUACCGUCUGCGAUCCUAAUUACGUAGUUCCUGAUUCGGAUCCUGGCCUCGACGACACUUGCUGAGGACUCAAUUUACGUUUUAAAUUAAGAUUCGAUUAUUAACUAGAUAAUUUCAAUCAAUAUCAAAAUAUGUCUUAAUUUCUUAGUCUUCAAUCUAACAGAAAAGAUCAUCUUUUAUUACAAUGUGAGUAUACUUAAAAAUAAUAUAAAAGAGAAAAAUAAUAACAUAGAAAAAUCACAAAAUCACAUAAAUUAAUAAAUAAGAUAUUUACAAAAACUAAAUGUUUAAACGUAAAAAGCGUUUUAUAUGGAAAAUUAAGUAAAUCAAUAAUUAAUAAUUUAUCAAUGCAGUUAGAAUAGCACUGAAAUAUUCAUUAUAACUCUAUAGACAAAAACAGAACACCAUAGUAAAAUUCCAAAAAGAAUGUUUCAUUUAACCAGCUCCAAACAAAAUCUUGGCAAGCACAUAAAAUGAUUAAGAUGCUUAACCAGAAAAAAGAGAUAUCUCUUUCUCUCUCUUUCUCUCUCACUUUAAGAAUUCCCUUCUUUCUAAAAUCUCUCAGCAAUUUAGUCUAUAUGAUGUAUUUGCUCAACCAAAGUGCAUUGAUUGCCAUGAUAAAAAGACCAAAUGAUAGAACAAUACUCUAAGACGAGUUAGAGAAGAAUACAAUAAGCUCAAAGUAUUCACACACUAUCUAAAAUAUUUAAUAAAAUAGAGAUAAAGUCCAGUGCUUAUUUUGACAAAAGCGAUUAUUAAUUAAACAAGUUAUAAACUUAUGUAAUUAAAAAGUAGAUUAUAAAUAACAAGUUUAAAUUGUAUAAAAACAUAUGUUACUUACACGUAGAAAAUAAAGAGUUUCUU